ACGGAUACGUCACAUGACUCGCAGCAGACGGUCACGUUAAUUGGUGUUCACAGAGAACAUCGCCAUCUAUGGAGAGCGGUUGACGUCGUUUAUUUCUCUUUGCUGGAUAAGUGUGAUAUUUGUGAUCCUUCGAUGACAGAAAGUCGAUCGUUUCCUUUGGCUUGACGUGAUCAAGAAAGAUGAAGGAGUUUGUGGAGGAGGUCCCCGAUGAGGGAUAUGGAUGCAGUGUGGCUAAUCGCUUCGGGCAGCUUCUCGACGACGAGUCUGACCCUUUCGACAUCUUACACGCGGCAGGGGCGGGCAAGCAGCAAAAGAAGAAGAAAGAAGAUUCAAAGAAAUCCUCAAACGGAGCGAAAACGGGAAAGAAAGAGACUCAGAGGGACAGGAAAAACACUGGUCCGGCCGUUGGGGUUAACGUUAGCCAAGGCCAAGUGCGCCUCCCACGCGGAGAAGUUGAGGAGAGGCCUGUUACUUUUGAGCGUAAAUUCAACGAUGCCGACACCCCCAGUUUCUCUGUGGAGAGGCCUGUGGAUGUGUUGGAUAGAGCUGGUAGAGGAAGAGGCAAUGUCAGGGGAAGAGGCGCCCGAGGCCCCGGCUAUCCGAGAUCAAAUGAUGGAUUUGACCAGAGGGGAAAGAGGGAAUUUGAGAGGCAUAGUGGCAGUGACAGAACGAGUGUCCGGUCAGAUGAAAAGCGUGGCGGCAGUGGAUCUCGCAACUGGGGUUCGAUGAGAGACCAUAUGAGUGAAGUCGAAGAAGCAUCGCCCACUGAAGAGGUUGUGGAAAGUGAGGAGACCCCUGAGGGAGUGGAGACUGGAGAAAACAGGCCAUCUGAGACGGAGGAAGUGAUCGAGGUUGCUAUACAGAUGACUCUGGAUGAGUGGAAGGCCCUACAGGAGCAAAGCAGGCCUAAGGUGGAGCUGAAUAUCCGUAAAGCAGAAACCGCUGUGCCUUCAAAGGCUGUUGUCAUCCAUAAAUCUAAAUUACUUGCGAAAAGUCACAAUGGCAUGGAGGACGAGGAUGUGGUUUUUCGUCGUCCAGCCAAUGACAUCACAUGUCAGUUGGAGAUCAACUUCGGCAGCUUGGCUCGGCCCUCUCGAGGUGGGAGAGGUGGACGAGGCGGUCGUGGCCGUGGGGCUCCUCCCUCCAUGCCGUUCCAAAGAUCUCCACAGAAGUAUGAUGUGGCUCCAAACCCAGAUGAUCCAGAAGAUUUCCCUGCACUGGGUUAGUUCUCCUCCAGAGGAAUAGUGAAUAGAUUAAACUGUUCUGCAACCUGUUUUGGUAACGAUGCAAUGGGCAAAGUGUACUUAAAGUGGGCACAAAUUAAAAUAAAAAUAUGCAAGUCUUUUG